UGGGAUACCCAAAAACGGUUAGACCACGCCGACGCACGUGUUUUGAAAACGUUUCAAUUGUUCCUGCAAUUUUGCCCUCAGUGAAGCAACGAGCCGAGAGGUUGCAUUAAAAAACACUAUUUUCUAUUAAAUAAUAUAACAAGAAACCUUACAAUGACUGAGGAAGUAAAUCCCAAGGCAUUCCCUUUGGCCGACGCCCAGCUCACGGCCAAGAUCAUGAACCUGCUGCAGCAGGCUCUGAACUACAAUCAGUUGAGGAAGGGAGCCAACGAGGCGACCAAAACCCUGAACCGUGGAUUGGCCGAUAUUGUGGUUUUGGCUGGUGAUACCGAACCCAUCGAGAUCCUGCUGCACUUGCCUCUUCUUUGCGAGGACAAGAACGUUCCCUACGUCUUCGUGCGUUCCAAGCAGGCUUUGGGUCGCGCCUGUGGAGUUUCCCGGCCGAUUGUGGCCUGCUCGGUGACCACCAACGAGGGCAGCCAGCUAAAGUCCCAGAUCACCUCUAUCCAGCAGGAGAUCGAGCGCCUGCUAGUCUAGUUUUAAUUUAGACUUAACUGAAGUACAAAGUGGUAAUCUGAAUAAAUAUGUGUAUUUUUUAAUACAAA